ACCGGGGUCGGAUCCCUAUCACCUACAGUCGGUAACGCCAGCUCUAGCGGAUCCGACACCCUGCUCUGGCCUCCCGGGGCGCUGCGAACGCCUGUGGUGCGCAGACGUACGCGCAGCUAAAAACACACAUGCAUAUGAAAGAACUUAAAAGGAAAAAGAACAACUUUUUUUUUUGUUUCCCCUCGCUCCGUCCUUAACGGCUUCAGUGAAGUGAUUAGAAGAGACCUCCCUCCUAGUUGUCAUGAGAGUAACCACACGUGCUUUUCAAGUCACAUUGGGAAAACCAGUCGCGGUAUUGAGGAUUGGCGGGACUGGAUAAAAACAAACAUGUGAUUGAGUCGAGGCAGGGGGCGGGUAAUUGAGGCGCAGGGCGAGAGCGCUGCAAACACUCUGCUGCUGGAGUCGGCGAGGGAGAGCCACAGCCAUUCCCGGGUGAGCACAAGCCCGCGGUCUCGGUUCUUUCGAAAAAGACGAGGUCGGCUCCCGGCCGGAAGUUGUUCUGUCCAAGGCAGCAGCGUUUCUUUGACGCCGGCAAGCCCCGGGACCGCGUUUUCAUCCCGUUCCGCGACUGUGCCCCGGAGUCAGGGCAACGAAGGAUUGACUGGCAUUGCGUUGCCAUGAAGGAAAAGAAAAGGAAGCCUCUCGGCAAACGAAUGUACGCUCUUUCAGAAGCUCUGCUUCCCUAAGGCGGACGAUGCACACUUCUAAGUUUUCUUUCUCGUUAAACCAGACGCGGUUUGAAACGAAUCCCCCUGAGCUAGCAACGCACUUCUGGAAAUGGCCCCUCCGAGGAGCCGUGGGUGACGUCAUCGCGGCGCGACGACCAGCCGUCCGCCCCGGUUCCGCGGUCCGGCUAGCGGUCCGGCUCCUUCACCUGGCGGUGCUGCCGCCACCUCUGUCUUGCUCCUGCCGCGAUGGACAACCCCGGGGAGUCGCCCUCGGACAAAGGCGGAGAGCCGGGGGAGUCGGAGGAGAUGAGGGCUCCUCCAGGGGCCCCGGCGGCCGCCGACCCCGAGGGACUCCCCGAGGAAACGGACGGAGACGGAGACGCGGAGCUGAAAGAGGCGGCGGCGGAGGAGAGCGAGCUCAAGAGUCAGGAUGUCUCAGACUUGUCAGCGGUUGAGAGGGAAGACUCGUCAUUGCUUACUCCUGCAGCCAAAAAGCUGAGACUGGACACCAAAGAGAAGAGAGAGAAGAAGCAGAAAGUGGACGAAGAUGAGAUUCAGAAGAUGCAAAUCCUGGUCUCUUCUUUUUCUGAGGAGCAGCUGAACCGUUAUGAAAUGUAUCGCCGGUCAGCUUUCCCUAAGGCAGCCAUUAAAAGGCUGAUCCAGUCCAUCACUGGAACUUCUGUGUCCCAGAAUGUUGUGAUUGCCAUGUCCGGUAUUUCUAAAGUUUUUGUGGGGGAGGUAGUAGAAGAAGCCCUGGAUGUGUGUGAGAAGUGGGGAGAGACGCCCCCACUGCAGCCCAAACACAUGCGGGAGGCGGUGCGGAGACUGAAGUCCAAGGGGCAAAUCCCCAGCUCUAAGCACAAGAAAAUCGUCUUCUUCUAGAUCUGAUCUAGGAGCGGCAGACCUCUUCUCAGUCGGGCUGCUGCACCGGUGCUUUGUUGUCGGGACGCCAAGGACCCAUGACGAUUUUAAUGUCUGUCACACCCGUAAGGCACGCCAGGAAGAAAUACAAAGACAACUCAGGUGGCUUCACUUUGAAGCCUAAAGUUGCUAAGACACAAGUUGUUUCUUGCCUCUGGCUUUCAGAAACUUAGAAACUUGGGAUCAUCUGCCAUGAAGACAGUCACAAGGGUAAAAUACUUCCUGCUGUCUGACAUUUCAGAUUCUCCUGUGGAUUUUGUGAGUUAUCAACCUGGGUGGAAAAGUUAAUUUAUUACAGGCAAAAUUCAUCAUUCUUCUAGUGUCUAAAUAAAAUUAACUAGUCUUA